CCGCCCUGCCGGAGAUCCCGCCGCAGAAGAAGAGUCAGACCGGAACCUAAACAGCGCGGCAGAGCAGCGCGCGGCGGAAGAACAUUUUAAUCUCUGUGAAAGUAAACAAUAACAACAACAAGAAGCAGCUGCAGGCUCAUGGACUCUCCACCUGAAACUCUCACCUGGUUACCGUUGGUUACAGCAUGGCGCGCUCUGAUUGGACAGAUAACUCACUGACUGCACUGCCUCCAGAUCUCCAGCCAGCAGGAUGUCUGACUCCUCUGAUGAAGAUGACCAGUGGAAGGCGGAGUCUACCCGCAGGAUGUGGGCGGAGUCUCAGCCGGGUCCAUCCAGGUGUCAGCCCAGCAGACAGGGUUAUUGUGGAUACUGCAGAGUCCUUUACAGCAACCUGGAACAGCACCUGUCCAGCCUCCGACACCUGGAUUCUGUCCGGGCGUCCUCCCGAGGCUCCAGCACUGUCUCCUCCACCAGCAGUAGCAGAACCAAACUAACCCUGCUGGAGCGCUUCCUGCAGGACGUCCUACACCACCACCCGCACCGCUACAACGACCCCAG